ACAAGUGUUAGCGCGCCGAGCCGCGGUUGAUUAGGAAGGGCAUCCAAUCAGGCAAGGGUGGAUAUUGACAUAUAGCCUCUCAAAAGUGAAUUGAGAGAGACUUAUGUCCUGCAGUUCCUUAGCAAAUGGACGGAACCCCAGUCCUCUCGCUCGAAGCCACGGCGAUGAUGGAUCUAACGGAUUAACCCUUGACGUGUGGAUAGGGAAGUUGAACGUCCCAGAAAUGGAGCUCUGCUGUGAGGUCAGUCGAGACCACAAGCCGUUUAUUACAGACUUCGUAAUAGACACGGGGGCGUUCAGGUCAGCAAUCCGUUAUAUGGUGCUGGAGGAGGCAACAGUAACGGACCUGAUCGAACCCUGCGCCGACGAGCGGUUUAAGGGCACCAUCAUGAAAAUAUCCUCCACUAUCUGGGGACCAAAUUGCGGACGAGUUCCAAUUUUGGGUCUGGCAUAAUUCCCCAUGGAGUUUGCUGGGGAUGGAUUUCCUCACGAGCACCUGCAGCGUCCUCGAUCUGAACCCCGCGGGCUAGCGCUUGUGGCUCUACCGAAAACCCGAGAGAACUUUGACAAACUGAAACGAA